CCCACCGUGUCUCUAUUUAUCUUGGAAGAAGAAGAGAAAAAAACCCUUGUUUUGAUGCCAUUUUCCUGGCCGUGUUUGUUGCUGUUUUCGUCCCAAUAAUCGUAAGUGCAGCAAAAUCGUACCAGGACAGCGUGUGGCGGCUAGUUUCGACGAACGCAAAGCAAACCAUCCAACAUGGCUUCAAUCGAGCCCAUGCAAAACAAGACAUGGGACCUGUCGCUGUACGAAUUGCACCGAACGCCACAGGAAGCCAUCACGGACAACACGGAGAUUGCCGUGUCGCCCCGCAGCCUGCACAGCGAGCUGAUGUGCCCGAUCUGUUUGGAUAUGCUGAAGAAAACGAUGACCACCAAGGAAUGCUUGCACCGGUUCUGUUCGGACUGCAUCAUUACGGCACUGCGGUCCGGCAACAAGGAGUGUCCGACCUGUCGCAAGAAGCUCGUGUCCAAGCGUUCGCUGCGUCCCGAUCCAAACUUUGAUCUGCUCAUAUCGAAAAUCUACCCCAGCCGGGAUGAGUACGAAGCGCACCAGGAGCGGGUGCUGGCAAAGUUCAACCAGAGCCACUCGCAGCAGGCCCUGGUACACUCGAUCAACGAAGGAAUCAAGCUACAGUCACAGAACCGACCGAACAGGAAGCAAAAGGGCGAAAACGAUGGACUGCCACCGUCGAACGCUAGUUCGUCGUCGAACUCAACCGCUGUACCUGCGGCAUCGACGACCACCACAACAGUAAACGGUACCAGUGAAGCGGGCAAAGAUAACCCAUCGGCAGGUGGAAAUGCUACCACAGCUGGAAGUGGUAGCACAGGUUCAGCUGCUACCGGUGGCAGUGGAGGAGGUGGUGGUGGUGCUGGUGCUGGUGGAGGUGGCGGUGGCGGUGGAAGUGGUGGUUCAACGGCCGGAGGUGAUCAAAUGCGCCAGUCCUCGAAUCCACCCUCGGUGCGGAGUACCCCGUCACCGGUCCCAUCGAACAUCAGCUCGGCCAGCAAAGCGAAGCGUCCCCGUUCUGUAAUGACCUCGGAACGCUCGGAGGAGUCGGAAAGCAACAGCGAAAUGGACAUGCGAACGGAGGAGAACGACUCCAACCUCGACACGGAGGGUGAAGGCAACUCCGAGCAUGGUAGUGACGAAAUCGAGCUCGUCUUCAAACCACACCCGACCGAGAUGGCCGGCGAUAAUCCGCUGCUGAAAGCGUUGAAGGAAAAUUCGAUACGAUACAUCAAAACUACAUCGAACGCUACCAUUGACCAUCUGAGCAAAUAUCUGGCCAUGCGUUUGACGCUGGAUUUAGAUCCGGCCCUGCCGGAGACGUACCGAUUGCUAAACUUCUGCAUUUACAUAGCGCAGCAACCGAACCAGCUGGUAGUGCUCAGCGGCAAUCAGACACUCCAGCAAGUGAACGAAAAAUUUUGGAAGGUAGUCAACAAACCGUUGGAGAUGUAUUACUCAUGGAAGAAAUCCUAGAACCUGUCGCGCGUUAGCGCAGUAACAUAGCCAUUAGGUUGACAUUGUAUGCUAGCUUUUAAUCAUACCGACCAUGACGGCGCAUUCAUGGCUAGGGGUAAGGUAACUAUAAUAAAGAAAGCGUAGAUUAUGCUACGGGCACGCGUAUUAAA